GCGGCAUAUAAGCGGUGCGCACUCCUCACCAGGUUCCUUACCCUCUCUUCUGCUACGGUCAUUUCUUCUGGCCUAUGGACGCUAGUGUCUAGCUCUCAGGUCGUAUCUGGCUUGGUCUAUUCCUUGCAGCAAGUUGUGAAAGGGGCCGCUAUCUCUACUACAGCAUGGCUACGUGUAGGACGCAGUCGCCGUGCCUCACGAACGCCUCCCUGCCCGGCAUCAAGCACAUUGUCGUCUACGUCGUGUCAGGGCUCCAGUCCGGGCGCGGAGAUCCGUCACCGUGCUUCCCAUUACCUAGAAGAGUCUUCACUCCCGCGCCCGUCCAGUCAAUGGCAUCUUCUGCUCUGACGCCGCCGUCUUGCUCUUUUGGCGCAAACUGGGACGACUCGUCUGUCAGCCGCUUUGACAUCGGGUCCGUUUUGAUUCCUCCCUUCAGGCUGGCGGACAGUGGAACGGGAGAUCUCACCGGCAGGUGGCAUCCAUUGGUGGCUAGCAUUCAGUAGGAUAGAGGACCUCCUCUUUGCUUCUGCUUUAACCCCCCACGCACCUCUAAGCAGUCCGACUGUUCCAGAGGGCCUAGACGCAGAGGGAACCCCUCGACCUCUGCUCCCAUUGCCGCAGAGCGACGUAUGACCUCACGAACGAUGUCUCUACCUGGUUGGCCGCUCGCGGUGAGCGCCCGCUGCCGAAUAGUCUAGAUGUCUGCCACACCUU